UACGAUAGGACUUUUUAGCGUUUGCUUCAUAUGUGUGUUUCCCAAAGUUUCUUUGCAGCUUCUCCUCUCUCCAGAAAUUAGGUUUCCGUCGCAAAACCACGAUCAGAUCUCAUACUCUCAGCUCUCUCUGCUUGUUUUAGAGAAUGUCAGAAGAUCCAGAGUACCGCUGCUUCAUUGGUGGGCUUGCGUGGUCAACGUCUGACCGUGGCCUCAGAGAUGCCUUUGAGAAGUACGGUCACCUCCUUGAGGCCAAGGUGGUUCUUGACAAGUUUUCUGGCCGUUCCCGUGGUUUUGGGUUCAUCACCUUUGAUGAGAAAAAAGCUAUGGAUGAAGCUAUUGCAGCAAUGAAUGGGAUGGAUUUAGACGGGAGAACAAUAACUGUUGAUAAAGCUCAGCCACAUCAAGGUGGGUCAGGCAGAGAUCAUGAUGGUGACCGUAGUCGUGGUGAUCGCGGAUAUGACCGUGACCGUAGCCGUCCCUCUGGUGGUGGACGAGGUUCAGGUGGUGGAGAUUGCUUUAAAUGUGGCAAGCCUGGACAUUUUGCAAGGGAGUGUCCUUCUGAAACUAGUAGAGGUGGUGGGGGAAGGUACAGUGGAAAAGACGAUAGGUACAGUGGAAAUGAUGAUAGGUACGGUGGAAAAGAAGAUAGGUACGGUGCCAAGGAGGAUAGGUAUGGUGGGAAGGAUGAUAGGUACAGUGGAAAGGAUGAUAGGUACAGUGCAAAAGACGAUAGGUAUGGUGCAAAGGAUGAUAGGUAUGGUAGGGAUGGUGCUAGGGAUGGUGGAGGUAGUCGCUAUGGGCCUGAUCGCAGUGGAGAACGUUCUGGAGGACGUAGCCGGGAUGGUGGCAGCCGUGGAGGUCCAGGAGGUGAGAGGCACAGCCGUGCUCCGUAUGACCGCCCCAGAGCUGGUGGCUUUCACUAGAAUUCUUUUCCAGAGGUUAAGGAAAGGAGUGGAAGGUUUCUGCUUUCGGCUCUCUUGUCAAGUGCGAAGUUGAAGUUCCGCUGGAUGGUCUGUUUUUCUUCAAUGUAUUUGGAUAGCUCAAGAAAGAAGAUGUGUCUCUGUUUUGGCCCUAAACUCAAGAGUCGGCUUUGUUCCUUAAGUGCUCUCCUUUUGAUAUGUUGGUCCGUAUGGAAACCUUGUGGUUUGAGACACAAUUUGAGAUGUGCUACUUUAUGCUUAUCAUAAUGAAUCCCUGGGUUAUCCCCUAACACCAAA